AUGGUGCCGAAGUCUGGGAGCAGAUCAUGUAAGUCAAAGUGUAUUUCUGAGUUCUCCCCAAGAUAUGAGUGGUGUCAUAGGAGGAAAGCUGGAUUCGCCCAAAAGAGUGAUAUCGACGUCCAGACGUACUACGAUGACACGGAAACAAUGCGAAUAUUCAGAUCUGCAGCUGGCGUGCUCGGACUGUCAGUAGACGAUAUGUGGGAGAUGUAUGGCGAAUUCCUCAUCACAUACGCAUGUGAGACGGGAUGGGAAAAGAUGCUCGCGUGUAUGGCCAACAAUUUGCAGGAGUUCCUGGACAAUCUGAACUCGAUGCAUUACUUCAUUGAUCAGAUCGCCUUCAAAUCCGAGAUGCGAGGGCCAACAUUUCAGUGCGAGGCAACUGGCGAAGGGUUUUUGCGUUUACAUUAUUUUUCCCAUAGACAGGGAUUGUUUCCCAUUGUCAAAGGUUUGGUUCGUCAAGUAUCUCGACUUCUCUUUGACAUGGACGUGAAAUUGACGGUUAUUGAACGAUCUCAGGAGAGGCGGAAAAGUGGCAUGGUCGAACACGUUGUGUUCUCACUUGAACCCGAUGAAGAACAUCGGGCUGGCAAACGUAAUGCCUACAAAUUCAAGCGCGAUAAUCGCUCGCAUAGUGAGGCGGAACAGCCUGACCAUGUAAGUAAGUGA